AAAGCAGCGAUUGUUUCAUUUGAACUUGAACCGUAGCAACGUGAGAUACAGUAACGCGAUCCACACAGACAGAGGGCGCUGUUGAGAAAGACAUCCACAGUGAAGAAGAGGAACAACCACGUGAUGAAACAUAUGAAGACAGACGCUCGUUUUUGCUCAGUUUCUAACUUAGUAUUCCAUCUCUUUAUUCCAAGCGCAUCACAUCGGUGAUGGCUGCUUAAUAUGUUCUGACUUUUAUUGCAAUUCAGCGAAUCUGGCUGCACCCGAGUCGGUGAAUCAGUUCUGGAUACUUUCGUCUCAAGACGCGUAGCUUCUGUUUUGAUCGCCAAAAUGCCCAUCCAGUGCAGUAGCUGUGCUGAGAAACGUGCUGUUCUCAAACGUCCCAAAACUGGCCACUCACUGUGUAAGGAGUGCUUUUUCUGGGCUUUUGAGGAGGAGGUUCAUCAGACCAUUACAACCGCAGAGUUGUUCAAGCCGGGAGAGGUAGUUGCCAUCGCAGCUUCGGGUGGAAAAGACUCCACGGUGCUCGCACAUGUGAUGAAACUUCUCAACGAGAGAUACAGCUACGGCCUGGACUUGAUGCUUCUGUCGGUGGACGAGGGAAUCACAGGGUACCGAGAUGAUUCUCUGGAGACAGUCAAGAGGAACCAGCAGCAGUAUGAGCUCCCGCUCAAGAUCGUGUCCUAUGAGGAGCUGUAUGGCUGGACCAUGGAUGCUAUCGUCAAGCAAGUGGGCCUUAAAAACAACUGCACUUUUUGUGGCGUGUUCAGGCGGCAGGCCCUCGACAGGGGCGCCAUCAUGCUCAAGGUUGACAAGAUAUGUACAGGUCACAACGCUGAUGAUGUGGCGGAGACUGUUCUGAUGAAUGUUCUUCGGGGAGACAUCGCUCGUCUGAGGCGCUGCACUGCCAUCUCCACUUCCAGCGAGGGGGAUGGAGUGGUUCCCCGCUGCAAGCCCCUCAAGUACGCCUACGAGAAAGAGAUCGUCUUGUACGCGUACUUCAAAAAGCUUGACUACUUUUCCACAGAGUGUAUUUACUCGCCCAAUGCUUAUCGCGGCCACGCGAGAACUUUUUUGAAAGACCUGGAGAGCGUGAGGUCCAGCUCCAUCAUAGACAUCAUCCACUCGGGGGAGAACCUGUCUGUGCGGGAGGGAGUGAGAAUGCCGGUGCAGGGGACCUGCAAGAGGUGUGGCUACAUCAGCAGCCAGGAGCUGUGUAAGGCCUGUGUGCUGCUGGAGGGGCUAAACAGAGGACUGCCAAAGCUGGGGAUCGGAAAGCACCACCGCCUGCACGACAAACUUCUCUCUGAUCAACCUCUUACGGAGCAGGAGACAAGGAAACUGAAGUCAGUGGACUUCUGACCGGCUUUUAGCUUCAUUUAAAAAGUCUCUUCAUUUUCAUCACUGGAAUUAGUCCUGCUUUAUUUUAAAUUUGGAUCCUAAUAUGGGGUCCUUCUGUUCAUGAUUCCUCACGUGACGCCUGUCUGUAUAUUGUCUACAUUUUAGAAACUUCAGAUUUUCAGAAGUGGUUUUAAAAAUAACUUUUCUUUCUUCAUGAC